AUGGUAAGCGGCGAACGAGGCACGGUCCUGAGGGUUUUCCCUCAGAGCUUGUUUCAGCGAUUCAGUACGCUGGCGCUUUCAUUGCACAUUGGCCCCCGACGACUCGAGGUGGCUCAGCCGCCGCCGUUUCGCGUUUGGCUCGUCGCGGACUUCAACAUGGCAGCAGGGCGCCGCUGCGAUCGCGGAGGCGCUGCCCGCGGCAACGGGGUAUUGACCGACCUCAACCUCAACUAUAACGAGAUCGGCGACGAGAGUGCCACCGCACUGGCCUCCGCUCUUCGCGUCAACAGCAACCCUCUGGUGACCACCCUCUGGCUCGGCGCCAACGGCAUUGGCGACAAGGGCGCCGCCUCGAUCGCAGAGGCGCUGCGCGGCAACGAGGAGGACGACACGUCGCGAGGAGGGCGAGGAGGGCGAGGGCGAGGACGCUAUGGAGGCCUAGGCGCGGAGGAUGCCGCUGUGUGCGCUGAGGUGCUGACGACCCUCGACCUCGCCUCAAUUUUGGCAUCGGCGACGAGCAGGUGGGAAGAAAGCGAUUAA